CCCCUUGUCUUUCCAGAGCCCAACUUUGUCGGUUCGUUCGAUAUCGGCGAGUACGUGUACUUUUUCUUCCGCGAGACGGCCGUCGAGUACAUCAACUGUGGCAAGGCAGUGUACUCGCGGAUCGCGCGCGUCUGCAAGAAGGACACCGGCGGCAAGAACAUCCUGAACCAGAACUGGGCCACCUACCUGAAGGCACGCCUCAACUGCAGCAUCGCGGGCGAGUUUCCGUUUUACUUCAACGAAAUUCAGGACGUCUACCAGUUGCCCUCGGACAAGACCAAGUUCUACGCGACCUUUACGACCAGCACAAACGGGCUGGUGGGAUCGGCCGUUUGCAGCUUCGACAUUGGAGAGGUGCACGCAGCGUUUGCAGGCAAAUUCAAGGAGCAAGCCACCUCCAACUCGGCCUGGCUGCCGGUGCUCAACUCGAAGAUUCCAGACCCGCGGCCGGGGACCUGCGUCAACGAUACGUCCACCCUGCCCGACUCGGUGCUCAACUUUAUCCGGUCCCACCCGCUGAUGGACCGGGCCGUCAACCACGAGCACAACAAUCCGGUCUUCUACAAGCGCGACCUCGUCUUCACCAAGCUCGUCGUGGACAAAAUCAAAAUCGACAUCCUGAACCAGGAAUACACGGUGUACUACGUCGGCACGAACGCCGGCCGGAUCUACAAGAUUGUGCACUACCUGUCCAACGGGGAGUCCAAGUCGAAGCUGCUGGACAUCUUCGAGAUUGCCCAGAACGAGGCGAUCCAGGUGAUGGAGAUCAGCCAGUCGCGCAAAUCGCUGUACGUGGCCACCGACUACCGGGUUAAGCAGGUCGACCUGGCGAUGUGCAACCGGCGGUACGACAGCUGCUACCGGUGCGUCAAGGAUCCGUACUGCGGCUGGGACAAGGACACCAACACGUGCAAGCCGUACGAGCUCGGGCUGCUGCAGGACGUUGGCAACGAGACGUACGACAUCUGCGACACGAGCGUCCUCAAGAAGAAGAUCAUCGUCACGUACGGCCAGAGCGUCCACCUGGGCUGCUUCGUCAAGGUGCCGGAGAUACUGAAGGACCAGUCGGUGACCUGGUACCACCACUCGAAGGAGAAGGGCCGCUACGAGAUCAAGUACAACCCGACCAAGUACAUCGAAACGACGGAACGCGGCCUGGUCGUGAUUUCGGUCAACGAAGCCGACGGCGGCCGGUACGACUGCCACCUGGGGGGGUCGCUCCUCUGCAGUUACAACAUCACCGUCGAUGCGCACAGAUGCACUCCGCCGAACAAGAGCAACGACUACCAGAAGAUUUACUCGGACUGGUGCCACGAGUUCGAGAAGUACAAAUCGGCCAUGAAGACCUGGGAGAAGAAGCAAGCGCAAUGCUCAUCCAAGCAAAACUACAGCAAUCAACAUCCUAACGAUGUUUUCCAACGCAAUCCCAACGUCUGAUACCAAGGACCAAACUUUGACACUUCAACAUCGAAUAGCUUGUCCACUACCUUCGGUAGGGUACUACAAUCAACUAAAUGAACUGUGAUACCCUUAAUGAUCCAAUAAUAAGGAGAAAAAAGAGAAACAAGAAAAAACAGAAAAAAGAGAUGUGCUGCGUGCUGUACCGAAAAAAUGAACGAAAAAAUUAACUCAAACAAGAAAAGUAAAUUGUGUAAAACCCACCCCUCUCGUAGUUCAGCCCUGGAACCACGCCGGAAGCAAACAGCAAUCAACCCUGAACUGGAAGCAUGGUGCAAUCGUCCUUUCCUCGAAACGGUGGACACAUUUCUGUUUGAAGAUUCUGUUUCUGGUACAGCGGCAGCAGUGCGUCGGCAACAAAAAAAACUUUAAAAAACCAUUAUUAGCCAAUUCCAACGAGCUUGCGAAAGAUCAUCAUAACACACCCCUUUACCCUUCCCAACCGCUCCCACCCCCUCCCUCCUAUGGCUCCAAGAACUUGUAGAGGUUGUCAUCUUUUUUCAUCUGGACGUCAGUUAGAGCAUCGCGUAGCGGAACUAGACUGUAGAUCGCUUUUAAACCCUCUUCAUCCCGGUGAGAAACAUAACAAAAACAUGUAAAUAUGCACGCCGAAAGUCUUCUGGAAAGGCAUCGUUAGAAUAGGCUAGACUAGACAGAACCAGACAGACAGACGCAACAAAACAAAAACAAGAAAAAAAUGUUAGUGAACCCGUGAGAUUAAGAAUGGCAAAACGAAGCGAAAUCAUUAAAUUUUUGUUUUAAUAUAUAUUAUUUUACUAACAAGCAAAACUAGGUAAGUGAAUAGAUAACAAGCUAGCAUUUUAAAAGAUGAAAGUGAAACAUAAAGAAGGAAAUCACAAACAUACACAGGAAAAGCAAUUCAAUGUCCGCGAAACUUGUGAGUCUCUUCAGCAGGAGCUUCGAGAUUCGCGGGCAAACAAAACAAAAAUGUAACACUUAAGACAAAUCAGUCCGUGAACAUAACGAAAUAAACCAGAGAGAAGUUAUAAAUAAAUCAAUGAAAAAUCAAAACCUAUAACCAGCAUCCCGCAAACACAAACAGCAUACAUUUAUACAAUCAUAUUGAAUCCCGUAAUGCCCCUUUAUAGAGCAAACAUUUCCACAAUCCUACAACAGCAACACAAAAAAACUGCAUUUGAACAGCAAUUGAACAUACAACACGCUUCGAAAAAAAAGAAUCUCCUCGCUCCACUGCAUAAAGUAUCCACAACAACUCCAUCCUAUAUUAUAGCAUCAACAACAAAAGCGAAAAUCAUCAUUAAGAAAUUCUCUCUUCAUUCUUUGAAACACGACAAAAAAAAAAACCACAAAAAUUUCGAAACUCACCAUCACUUUGCGGCGCGGAAACUGUCAGAGAGCGGAAUGAAAGCAGAAAUUUGAUAGACAGCAAACUCUCCGAGGUGGAAGGUGUUUUUGUGUGUGUGGUGUGUUGACCGCGCACGGAUAUGCAAUACGCGCAAACAUAUCACCAAAAAAAAACCGGAAGUAGCAAAUUGAAACUGGCAAGCAAAUGCGAGAAAAAAAAAAAACAAAAAACACAAGAAAAUCGAAAACAAACCCUGAGGCAAAAUAGAAGAAAAAAACAAAUCGAAACCAACACCCCGAGUUUAGUAGGAAUGAAUGUUGUAAAUUUAGGUGAACAAAAGUUUCAGGGUGAAGAAAGAAGAGGAAAGCAAACUAAUGAGGAAGCUGAAGAAAGAAAGAGAGAGAGAGCGAAGAACUUGUACAUAAAGAAAAGUAUUACAUCUAGCUCUAAGUUUUUAUUAGAAGUUUAAGACUGAGAAGUAAGAACAAAAUGUUUUUAAUAUGAUUUCUUUUAAUUGCUUUUUUGUACGUGAAUCUAAUAUGACAAUAAUUGUCACCAAAAUAAAAAAAGGAAA